AUGAAACGACCUGAUUAUUUUGAUUAAAAACAAAAAAAGAAUUACAGCUUUGAUUUAAAUUUGGAUAGAUUUCCUAUUUAAUUGCAAUAAUAAAAGUAAAAACAAAAUCAAACCUGGAGACUUUAAAUUGCAACUGCCAAAUAAAAUAAAGAUCAAUAUGAAAUUAUUUUAAGUUCUUACAGACAUAAUAUGUCUUCAUCUGUAAAUAAUUCAAAAAAAUAAAAAAAUAAUAGUAAUAAGAAAAAAUAUAUAGAAAAUGAAAAAUAAUAGAUUAACUUUAAUAAUUAAGUAAAUUAAUAUAUAUAAGUAUAAUAACAUUCUUAAAAAUUUGUGAGAAUUGGUAGAGUUAUAUAAAGAAAUGAAAUAAGUAUGGGAAGUAUAGAUAGUAUUUAAAAUAGAAGAAAGAAAUUGAGCAAAGUUUGA